AUGUUCGCGGACGUCGCCGUGUUCCCGCGCGCGCCGUCGGCGAGCGAGCGCGCGGCGGUGAUCGCGCGCGGGCGGGCGCGGUCGUUUAAUUAUCCCAAAGAGCUCGUGGGGACGUCUGGGGUGGACGCGCGCGAGGACGAGGCGCAGCGCGCGCGAUUGCGAGCGCACGGUUGGUUUUGGGCGAUCGAUCGCACGCGCGCGCGCGUGGGACGAGGACAAGGGUGUUACGAGCGAGCGAAACGGGCGUUGGAAGCGUGGGAACACUUUGACCUGGAUUGGGCGCGCGCGGACGCGGAGCGAGGGACGGAGGUGGGAGGGGGGGUGUGCGUGACGACGCGCGCGGGACCGGUGUGGAUGGCGAAUCCGUUGGAGAUUGUGCGGUUGCGGGAAGGCGCAAGGGGGGGGGGAGGAGGAAAACGGUUCGCGUUCGCGCACGGGACGUUGGUCGGACACGUGCUCGCGGGUGAGGAGCGGUUCGCGGUGGAGUUGACGAGCGACGGUGAGGUGUAUUACGAGGCGUACACGUUCAGUAGACCCGCGCACGCGCUCAGUGUGCUGGGAUAUCCCGUCGUUCGGCUUUUGCAGAAGAAGUUUCAUCGCGAUUCGACGCGCGCGAUGAAGCGCAUCUUGGGCGAGUCGGAGUAG